AUGGACUGGGCCUUGAUCAAGAUGAUCCGAGCCGAUAAGGUUGAAGGCAAUGGGCCAUUCUCUUACGAGCCUACUGGAUUGGUUCAAUCCGUUCCAUUCUUCUUCCACCCUCAACUGCAGGUUUAUGCCAAGAUGAAGCUCUACAAGACAGGACGAUCAGCUGGAACUACUUAUGCUUACUACAACGGCCUCAUGUCGGUGGAUAUUUCUAAGCAUAGAACGACGAACGGAUGA